UUGUUCCGACAGACUACUGACUGGGAGCAGCAGGAAGCCACCGGACGACCCGAUGACGACGACGGUCGGGUGGCCACACGAGACCACCGAAGGCUCCGGCUCCGGAGCUCCCCCGAAAAAAACAACACAGUCACACACACCUCCGAGGGUUGACGCAGUUUGAAAUCUAGAGCAUAAUUUAGUUAGCAUAGAACCGCUCGAUGCAAUGAAUUUUCGCUCCGGCGGCCCGGUCGAACGUCACCGCUGAACGACACGUUGACGAGACACGCUGACCUGCCGGGACGAUCCGUGUCUCUGCCGGAACGAGCGCGCGCGAGUGUGUGUCCCCGUGGUGUGUGGUUAAGGUCUCUCCGGGGUAUCCCAAGACUUGUGACAAUCGAUUCUCCCUCGUGGUCGCUAGUGGAAGUUGACUCUGUGUGGUGACCAUAACUUGAGGACUUCAAAAGGUUUACUUUCCUUGUAAUCGGGCACUCUGAAUCACCACUACAACCCGGUGCCGGUGAAGCAAAUGCAAAAAAAAGUCCCUCGAGUGCAUUCUGGAUGCAGUAUAAUUAAUUAUUAAGCGUCCUUUGUGUGCUGGUGUUCUCCGCUCUCCCGGAACCCCCAUCUGCCGGCGAGUUAGUCCGGUCUCUGUGUGUGCUGUGCAUCAGUGUGAGUAGUUCUUAAGGGGCGGACCUCCCCCUUCUACGCCCUUAGUCCCUAACCAAGAAAUGUUCCGACAAGAACCCCAACAACCGGUCCCGGCAGUGCUCCUUUAAGUAAACGUAAACGACCAGAGACCACAUGUGCCGUGCGUGAACACACACACACACACACACUCACACAUGCAUGUACGCCUCGUGUGAAGUGGUGUAUGUGUGGUGGGCAAACGGCGUGUUUAUCGCGACUCUGUGUGUGUGUGUGUGUGAGAGAGAGAAAGAGGGAAGGUGGUGUGGUGGAGCUAAUUGCUGUACCCACGCAACGACAACCCCAAUAAAGCCCCAAACCCUCCCUCCUAACCUAACCUAACUUUCAACGAAGGUAGCAUAGGCUGUUGUUAGUAUGAGGAUGGAAGGAGGAUGGUAAUGGUGACAACGACAACAACAAUAACAACGACGACGACGAUGCGUCCCUUCAACCAAAUCGAUUGUUGUCCUGGUUCAUUAUGCUGAUUGUCUUAUAGGAAGAGAAGAAGAUUGAUCGGAAGUAGGAAGUAACGGAAGAAAGGAGAGAGAUAAAGUGAGAGAUGCACAUCAAUCUGGCUACUGGCCACAACUAGUGUGUCCUUGUCGGAGUGUGUCUGGUAGUGAGGAAUGCUUUGUGAUUUGAUACAACAUACUUGAGCUUUUGUGCUAAGGGAAUGAGAAAUUGCUAAUUUGAUUGUCGUGUGGCAGUGGGAAGCGGAAGCGGUUUCGUCGCUCCGGUAAAAUAUUGUGCUGAAUUGAAUCUGUGCGGAAAGUGGAGCGUAAGCAGUGCACUGGAGGAGUGAUUAAAAGAAGAACUCCAAUAUAUCAAAACUACAUCAUGACUGCAAAUGUGUGUUGAAAAGUGCCCCAAAAUCGUAACAUCACAAUCACACACUCGCAAUUUUACCGGAAAAUUGCCAUCCGUCGCAUCGAAAACAUUUGCCAUCUAACCCGGUCCAAUUAGUAACGUGAAACGGCCGGCAUUGGCCGUCGUCGUCAUCACUUUGCCGAACUUUGUCCGAGCUAACCCUUUUUGGCCACGUUAAAUGAUUAACCGGAAAGUGAUCCGAUAGGCAGCGGCAGGCGGCCAAUCAAUGGAAUCGAACACCUCAAUCAGCUUCCUGGAGAGUUGUCAGCCGUUUGGGCCGGGGGAAAAGUUUUGCGGCAGUCACCAGAGUUGGAGCCAUCGGAGACGACGGCGCCGGAAGUGGAUGUCGCUCCAACUGAUGCUGUCCAACUGUUGUGCCGUUCCGUUUCAGUGUUUUUAUCUCUUCCUGCUGGUGCGGAUAGCGGUAGAUGCUGCAAAAAGUGGCGCGGACCAAUUGUCCGGUGGAGGGGGUGAAAAAGUGCCACAACGGUUCGCCAUGGAGCCCCAGGAUCAGACGGCCGUCGUCGGUUCGCGAGUUUCACUGCCCUGCCGGGUGAUGAACAAAUCGGGCCAACUGCAGUGGACGAAGGAUGACUUUGGGCUGGGAACGCACCGAAAUCUGAGCGGAUUCGAGCGGUACUCGAUGGUGGGCAGCGACGAGGAAGGCGAUUUUUCCCUGGACAUUUUCCCCGUGAUGCUGGACGACGACGCCAAGUAUCAGUGCCAGGUUGGCCCAGGGAGAAAAGGUACCCCGGGCAUUCGGUCACGGUUUGCCUCGCUGAUGGUGCUGGUGCCACCAGAGCCACCGAAGAUCGUCCAGGGGGACUUCAUGGUCACGACCGAGGACCGGGAGAUUGAGCUGGAGUGCGUGUCCGGCGGAGGACGACCCGCUGCCGAGAUAACCUGGAUCGACGGGUUGGGCAACGUGCUCACGGACGGUAUCGAGUACAUGAAGGAGGCACUUCCGGACGCCCGCCGGUUUACUGCCAAAUCGAUCCUCAAGUUGAUUCCCAAGAAAGAGCACCACAACACGACGUUCACCUGCCAGGCUCAGAACACCGCCGACAGGACGUACCGGUCGGUGAAGCUGAAACUGGAGGUCAAGUACGCGCCCAAGGUCGACAUCGAGGUGCUCGGUGGGGAGACCUCCGGCGGGAAGAUCCUGGAGGGAAGCGACGUUCGGUUGCACUGUCAUGCCGACGCGAACCCACCGGAUGUCACCUUUCGGUGGUACGUCGGCAAGGAAAUGGUCCUGGGGGAUUAUUCGACGGAAUUGGUUAUUCUGAACAUUUCUAAAAAGUAUCAUGACGUGAUUGUGAAAUGUGAAGCUCGGAAUGCCGUCGGUAAGAGUGAAGAAAGCGAAACGCUAGACAUCAGCUAUGGGCCGACCUUUCGAACGCUCCCAGCUUCCGUGGAAGCCGACCUGGACGCGGUGGUGAGUCUGUCGUGCGACAUUGAUGGCAAUCCCACGCCGGACAUUGUUUGGGUCCACGAGGAAUCGGGUCGUGUCAUGUCCACUUUGGCGAAUCUGACACUGACGGUAACCCACGCGACCACGGGACGGUACUUUUGCCAGGGUUCGGUCCUAGGAUUUCCCGAAGUCGAAGCCAAGGCCAGCGUCUUUCUCAAGGGACCGCCCAGCAUCGGUUCACCGCGGCAGCAGUUUGGUACGGUUGGCGACACCGGUCAGCUCGAGUGUGAGGCAUUCUCCGUUCCAGUGGCAAAGCACAUCAUCUGGGUGCACAACGGAAGGGAAAUUAAUACCAGCAGUCCGGAGCAUUCCGAGCUGUUCAGCAUCGUCGAGAGCCGGAGCCAGAGCCAGGGCACGGAAUGUGUCAAGUCGACGCUAAUCAUCCACGAUAGCCGGCGGGAGCACUUUGGCAGCUACAAUUGCACCGUCGUCAACGAGUACGGUGUCGAUUCGGUGGAAAUUGAUUUCGUCUCAAAAGCAGAAAAUAUUUUAUUACCCGUCGUCAUUUUCGGCUCCCUCGGCGGACUGACACUUUUAAUCAUCGUCAUCGUGGUGGCCAUGUGCUUCUGGGGCCGUACCAACAAGAAGAAGCUUCCGCCGGCCGACGUGAUACCAAAGCACAUUUCCGACAAGGAUUGCAAAGAACUGGACCGUCGGCGAACGUCGAACGUCAGUGACCUGAAAAUAGAUCGCGAUAAUGAAUUUAUGGAAACCAGCCUUGGACCGGACGGGAUGACCACUCAAGUCAACGUGACCCUCGGCACGGCAACAAUUGCCAACCACCACAUCUCCACCAAGCUGGACGGUACUCCGGGACUUCCGGGGACCACGGGGAGUGCGAUGAAAAUUUCCAACGAUUAUCGGUAUUCGGGAGAUUUCACCGACAGCUUCUGCCAGCUGCCAGCGGCCGUCAACAACACCAAAAAUAGCAACGGUUACGUGCCAUACGUGGAUUACUCCCGCGAUUACAGCCCACCGGCGACCGCCCAUCUGAUGCAGCAGUUCAGGACGAGCACCAGCAGCAGCAACAUCAACAACUCCUCGGCUGGGAUUGGCGGCCAUCAUCAAAACCACAUUAGCGCCAUGACCUUGGGCCGCCACCAUCGAAAGGCCUCAGAACUUCGGCAAGACAAUGGGCUGCCCAGCAUCCAGGGCAGUUUAAGCUCGCUACCGAAUGGAAUCCCCAAACAACCCCUGCUCCAGGGCCACCUAACCAUCGACCACCGUUACGGUGGCGGCACCACCUACGGUAGCUCGACAUUCCUGCGGGGUCUGACCACGGCGUCCUCGAGCCUUCCACCUCCGGCCACUGCUAACCCGGCGGCCACCCCAGCACCUCCACCGUACAUUGCCGCCACUCGGUCCUCGCUGGCCGCUGCGUUUGGACCUUCAGCGGGCACCGGUUCAACGACCAUCGGUUCCGGGUCUAGCCCGGGCACGACGACCGCAGCCGGUUCCACCAGCCCCAGCUCGAUCCAGUCGGGUUCACUGUCGUUGUCCCACAGUUCACAGCACUCCCAGCAACAACAACAGCAGCUCCCCUCCGCAGGACCAACUUCCGGUAGCAUAGGUAGCAACAACGGUGGUUCCCAGCAGCAGCAGCAGCAACCGGGCAGUCCAUCGGCGGGUCAGUUUAUUCUGCCCACCAGUGGGUCUAUCAAACAGCAGGGAGCACUGGCCACGCACGUGUAAAUUAAUGAGCCGGCGGGGUUCCCUCCACGUGAGUGAUGGCUGGCAGUGAGAAGGUUCUGUUGUGAUGCAUUUUCUAGUUUGUGUGCAAAAUCAAAUAUAUGCGCAGCGGGUGGUUCUAGCAAUCACAUCUAGCCAAUUAGCCGAUUCGAUUGAGGUUUGCCCACGCAUCCCUCUUUGUUCGUUUGAAGUGCAAAUGUGGUUAAUUUACUGCACGUGUUACAUCAUGAAUGGUUGGCGAAUGUGUUUAUGCACGGAAUAGUUUAUUGGAUUGCAACAAAUAGCUUAUUUGAUCAAACUAUGAAGCCCAGUGGUAAUGCAUCUGCCUCGUUAGCGGUAGAUCGGGAGUUCAAUCCCAGGUCGGACGGUUCUCAACUGAGGAUCGCUAUCCUUUGGAUUCGAUUGCUUAGUCAAGAAAAGGUAGUAUGUAUAUCUGAAAAGCUGGGCCUUAUCUUUAACAUCAACAUUGUAAUUCGAGUUCCAAAAAUCAUUUAAAAUCUUCAAAUUGCUCCCAUUUUCGUAAAACUUAAUAAAAUCUAAUUCUCUGUUUAAAAGGUUUUUUAAAUCGCUUCAAAAUGUAGUUUCACCUUUUCUAAUUUGUUUAGAAAAUUUAAAUUGCACUGAAAAACUUAAACUUUCAAGAUUCAAUAGGGUUCUAUUUGUUGUAAAACUUUGACAUACUAUUUGCUUUUAAGUGUCCACAUGGUUUUUAUCAUUUACAAGUUCAUUUUUGUUGGAAUUUUGCGUUUUAAUAAAGUGCUCUGAAGUGCCUAUUUUCGCCCCCCUAAAUCCAAUUUUCGCCCACCCUUGGAACCAGUUUUCGCCCACGACAAAAACCAAGAAAUCAAAUAAAAUUAUAGCUCAAAACUAAGUAAAUAUGGUCUCCUAUUGAUUCACAAUAUGUUCCCGAAGCUCAAUUUUAUUGAUGUGCACAAUUUUUUCGUAAUAUUUUUAAAUUGAAAUUCAAAAAACCCUAGUUGUUUUUUUUUAACAGAUAUCCCACUAAUUUUGAGGUUCUAACUAAAACCAAAACAUGUUCGCACUCAUAAGAAAUAUGACUUAAUCAAAAUUCCUGAUAGAACUCAUGUGUCCCUAUUCACCCAAGAUAAGGGCACACAGUUACAAUUAGUUCCAUGUUGAUUUUAUUAGGGUAACUUGAACCCUAUGGGUCAUUCGCUCCCGAAUUGACUCAAUAGAAAACUUCGAGUACCUCUUAAAUAAAAAUAUUAAGCACAUGUGCUGUUUUAAAAGAUGUUGUGUAACUACUUUUCCCUCCUUUGCUCAAUUUGUUCUACAAUGUACCAGUAAACUCUUACCACGUUUGAACUAUGUGUCCCAUAUCUGAGUUUAGGUUAAUUUUUGAACUGAUGUUUUUACCAAAACACCCUAAUGAAUGAAAUAAAAUAAAAUAAAUAAUUAACCUUUAAAAAAUAAUCUGGAAUGAUCCAAAAAUAUUUUCAAGCACAUUUCGCUGCGAUUAGAUAAGUUUUUAUGGUAAACGAAAACUGGUUCUAGCUAAAAUCUGAAAACACAAUACUAGAUUUCGCCCUGGACGAAAAUUGGAUCUCAUGUUUUAUCAUGACCCCAAUAAUCGCCCACUUUAUUUUAUAAAAAUAACCUUUGGUAAACUUUUGAAACAGUUAAAUCACUAUAUUUUCAUGAAAUUCAGACAUGCAGUGAAGCAAUAAAUUAUUCAGAUACAUUAUUUUCGGACGAAAUGAGUUGUUUUCCCUCAUUAACAUUAUUACCCACUGUAGUCGGAAUUGACAAAAAUAUGGCGGCUGCAAAAAGGCUUUUUUUUAUGCUUAUAAAAACUUAAUAAACAAUAGAAAUUCACUAGGAAUGUUUCAAUUAGAGCUAGAAAUGAAUGAAUAUGCAAACCUGCAUAAUAAAUUCAACCAAAAAAUAGUAUAAGUUAGCUAAAUACAGAUUAAAUCCAGUAGGUUGGCGAAAACUGGAGCAGGGUGAAAACUGGGUCCUCUACCCUAUAUAUUUUUUGCGACUGCUCAAACACCCAUAGAGCAAUUCCAUCUAAAAUCAGGAUUUUUUCUGAUUUGAGAAGAAAAGCUGUCAAAGGCAAACUUAUGGGAAAUUGGACGAGCUUUCCGGUAAUAAUAUUUUCGAGACUGAAAAAUCAAAUCUGUCAUAUAGAAAAUGCCAAAAACCACCAAAAAAGCUGUUUUGCAACGCCUUCGAGAUACAGUCAUUUUUAAAUAACAGAAUACAAAAAUAUCUAAAUAACUUACGCCCUUCUCAAAUGUCAUUUUCGAGUACAAUUGGCUCCAUAUACACAAAAAUGGCUUAUAUAGACCUAGGAUAACAUGUCUUAAAAGUUUCAUUGAAAUCGGAGUGGGUCGGGUACAAAAGUUCCAGAAAAAUUCCUGCUUUGAGCUGGAAUUGCUCCAUACCCUCUUACGUAAAAAAUUAUGAAAUUUGACCCUGUUACAAAACGACAUUUUUUGGUUUUGAUUUCAAUAGUUUCAAAACUCUCGGGAUAUUUUACCUAGGUUUGAUGUGUUGUAGUUGUAAAUUUGUUUGGAAAAAUAUUUUAAUAUGGGAACAUCAUGUAAUUUCUUCAAUUCAAUUCAUUUAAUUUCAUUGGUAAAUAAUCUAUUCACAAUUUCGUAUUUCUUAAAACCGUAUAGAGUUUUGGAGUUCCUUUCAACUAUGAUUUGUACUAUAGUUCGUUUUGAUGCAAUUGGAUAUUCUUACAAUGGAUUUGGCAAGAGAAGGAAAAAAAAUAGCACCCAAUGUUGACAUUUGAGCAUUUUGGUGUUCAAUGAGAAUUUCUCAACAGCGCGUUUUCAAAUUAAGUUGCGUAAUAAAUAGCCGGAGAUGAGCGAAGUCAUUCAAAAGGUUCGCAAAUUUGAUGAAAAUAGGAACAAAUCUUUAACAUACGGAAUUUUACCUAAAACCAGGCCUGUAUCCAGGGGGGUGCCCCCCCCCCCUAUUUUUGGAAGACAUAUGGGAGAGAGGGAAUAAGAAGAAAAGAAAAGUCACCAUUUCCUGAUGAAUAUUACCAUCAUUUUUUUUUCUGUGCAACAAGAAUGAAAAUAAACAUUUUUAAGUAUAUUUCUACUGCAAAAUUAGCUACGGAACUCCAAUUAAAAAAUAAAAUAUCAGCAGAAAGUUGAAUUUAAAGGGUCUCCCGAGCAAAACUAGAUUUUUCCAGCACUCGUCGUAAUCAUCCAACUUGGUGAACCUCGUUGGAAAAAUGUCUUCUUUUUCAACUUGCUGUAUACACUUUUAUCAACUGGUUGUAAAGUUAUUGUUGUGGUUAUGGUUGAAAGAAAAAACUAAACUUCCUUUUUGAGACGUGGUAUGCUCAAGUAAGAUUAAAUGGGGCUAAUUGGUUCAAACUUAUUAGUAUGACAAAAUACGAAAGGAUUAGUAAAGUCAACGUUUGUGAUUUGUUGAACAAAAAAUAAUAAAGCAUGAUAAGCAUAACGAGAAUAACCCAUUUUUUUAAGUAAACCGAAAAAACUGAAUGAAUGCUGUUUUUAGCACCCCCAGAAACGAUAAAGGUAUGCAAAAAUAAUCUCAAUUUUUCCGACAUUCAUAUAAUUAUAGCCUGUUUUUUUUUGCAAAGGCUUCCAUGAGCACAUACACACACAAUGGUCGAUUACUUCCAAACCAAUUGCCUUUUUACUAGUGGUGUGUUGCUUGCAUCCACGUGCAAGAGCCCACUUGUUGUCGAGCAUCAUGAGAGUGUUUUUCAUGCCUUUUCACAAGUUGUUAUUUUGUGUUCAUAUUUGUGUGCAAUUGAAUAAAUGACCGUGCGUGUGUUUGUUUCCUUCCGUAGCGAAUACGUCAUUGUUGAGUUAAAAAUGUGGAUGUGUUUUUUUGCCUUUUCAACGCUUUCAUUUUUAGUAGCUUGGCGAAAAUAAAAAACAAAAAAGCCCUUGUUUCAGAGGAAAUUAAUUGCAUUUCGGCUAGGCACGUUCGGCCGCCCACCGAAUUCUGGGAAGAGUGUGAAGCAGCAGCAUUAAUUAAAUUGUUUUCUAGAUUUAAUUUAAAUUGGGUAACUAAAUCUUGUUGGCAGUGUAGCUUCUAAAGGCAAAAUUAUUUUAAAAAAGUCUUGGUAAUAUUUUGAUUUUUUCCAUCUUAUUUCCAAAACCGAAUUUGAGCAAAUAAAAAAUAUUGAUUGUGGGAUUUUGUUUUUCAAUUAAUUGCAUUUUCUUGUAUUUCUCUGAUUAAACCAUUUGGCUCUUGGGGCAAUAUUUAUGAGAAGAAUAAUCUUCCUCUUCUUCUUCUUGGAAAGGUUUGAAGUAAACAUUUUACAGAAAAUGAUAACGUAACAAAAUGUAAAACAAAUUUUCAAUUCUUUCUGUUUAUUCAGUUUUGCAUUUUUCCCCAUCCAAAAAGAAAUGUCGAUCCUGUUUGAAAACUGUCCUACAAAGAAGCGUUGCGAAAAAGAAACGAAUGCAAUUUCAACUUUCAUCCAAAAGUUUUCCUUCUUUCGACGAAUAAAAAACAAGGAAAAUGCACACAACAAACCAUGCCACGCUUAACGCAGGGAAAUUGGGGUAAAAUGAGUGUCGGCUGCACCAACAAAGUUGUCAUCUGAUAGAGAAGGAACCCGUCUGAGAGAAGAAAAACAGUAAAGGAAAAAAAUCCUUGUUCUAAUAAAAAAUGAAGCCCAUCUAUAUUCGAGGCUGCUGCUUCUGCAGUGGUUUUCCACUGAAGAGGAAAAUGCAGAUGCAUUUUUUCUGCAAAGACAAAACGAGGGAUAAGCCAGAGCAGAUGCGUAAAAGUGGAAAAAAAACUUUGACUGAUAAAUAAAUUUAAAUAGAAGGUAACUUUAAAGUUGUAAAGCUUAAGAAUAUCGUAGAAUAGGAGGAAAUAGUUGAACUUGUAAGUACUUUUUCUUCAUUUUCAAGUCUCUUUAUCUCGGAAGCAAACUUGUUUCUUAUUUUCCACGGCCACCCCCGCGCAGAUAGCGAAAAACUGUUAGAAUAACUGCAAAACAAAAUCACAGUUGAAAGUGAGCAAAAGAAACCCCGCUUCUGGUACAUACAACGUAAUUAAAUUAGACUACUACUUUUAAGAAAUGUGAGCAAGGAAUUCCGCUUCGAAGAAAUGCCAUCCACGACGAUCGCGUGGUGGGAUGGAUGUGUUUUAGCCAACUCAGUAAGUAGGAUUAGAUAGGAAUGUUUGAUCUGUUUAUUUAGCCGCAGGCCAGUUUGAAGAUGCUGUGUGUUGUUGUACAUACAUCUUAAGAUCUUAAUAGUAGGGCGAUUGUGGUGAUAAAAUUUAUUUAGCAUGGGAUAA